AUGAUAAAAUUAAAUUAUAAUUCAAUAUCAAAAAAAAUUAUAAUUUUAAUAACCUCGUAUUUUUUAAUUUUGAUUACUACAUGUUUAUCCUAUGAAAAGAAUAUUAUUAAUAAACGGGAACCAUCAAAGGACAACGACAUAAUACAAAGAAUAAUAUCGUUUGUUAAAGAUAAUUUAACAAUAAUAAUAGCGGGCGCAGCAGUAAUCUUUGUAUUAGUGAUAAUUUAUAUUUAUGCUAGGAUUAAAUAUAAAAAAGGUAGAAAUACGAUUGUCUUUACAUUAGCCUUAAUUGUAACAAAUUUGGGAUUAGAUAUUACAUUUAUUUUAAAAAAUAUACUUACAGAUGAUGGCAGAUUUUUACUAAUACCAAGUCUGGUGGCAUUGUGUUUACCAUUCGGUUUUAAUUUAGCACUAGCAUUUUACAUAAUCUCUCAACAAAGUGUCAGCAGUAACAAUGAAGAAUUUGCAAGAUGGUUACGCAAAUAUAGGCGUUUUGCCGGGGCCAUGACAGUUUUAUCAAUGGUGCACAUUGAGGUGUUGAGAUUAUUAAAUUCCAAAUUCUUGGGAUUGGAAAUUUUCAAGGCUAGAUUUGAUCGUGGCGCGGUAAAAAAGAUCUUUAUGGGUGGUCUGUUCAAUUUGAUUAUUGAAGAUAUUCCUCAGCUUGUAAUUGUGGCAUUGUAUCAACAAAAAACGCAAUCAAGAGAAGUAGUACCAAUCUUGACAAUAAUAUCAGGUGUAAUAAUGUUAUUAAAUGAUCUGAUUAGUAGGAUAUAUGAACUUAUAACAGUACCAAAACCUCGUAAAUCAGAUGUAAAUCCAAGUAGCGAAGAAGAAGAUAAAGAAUUUUCUGGCAAUCUAGAUAAUACAAGUAAUCCAAGUUUAGUCAAUCCAAAUUUUUACUCAAACCAUAGUAAUAAUAGUUCACAUCAUGAUCUAAAUGUUAAUUAUCCAUUACAACCAAUAACAAAUUAUCCAUUACAACCAAUAACAAAUUAUCCAUUACAACCAAUAACAAAUUAUCCCUUACAACCAACAACAAACUAUCCAUUACAACCAAUAACAAACUAUCCAUUAUCAUUAACAACACAACCAAUUGUACCAAACAAUCAACGGAUUGAAAUUUCACCUGAGGGACAACCUUAUACUACUGGUUAUGUAUAUGUUCCAAAUUAA